AUGGAGAAGUUCUACCGAGGGCUAGAUCCAGUGACACAGUCAGUUGCCAAUAAUGCAGCUAAUGGUUGUUUCAUGAACAAAUCUUAUCGACGGGUGACCACCAUACUUAACAAGCUGACGACUUAUAAUCAGUCUUGGCACUCAAACAAUGCUGAUGUGGUACCGUUUGGGGGUUACCAGAGACAGAAUUAUCAAGGUGGUUAUCAGAGUCAGAAUCAAUGGAGACCUAAACAAGGUCAAGGUGCUUAUAACAACUCUGGGAACUCCAACAAUAAUUAUGGUGGUGCGAACCAAGGGAGCUACAACAACAGUAAAAAUUUUAGGAACAAGAGUUCCAAUCCUUAUAUACCACCGAAAGGGCAGUCAACAGAGCAAGAGACAGUGGGCUCCCAUACAGUGGCUAUUCAGAAGCUCGAGUCACAGAUGAGGGAUAUUUCUAGAGAGCAGCACCCUCCUAAAAAAGGAGGACUUUCGAGUGACACUAUUCCAAAUCCAAAAAAUGGGGGAGGCGGUGUAGAUCGUGUGUUUGCCAUCACUACUAGGAGUGGGAAAAUACUCCAAGGGGCUGAUGAGAAGGUGAUUAAUCUUGAGCCGAUAGAUGAAGAGGAUGAGGUACAGUCUGAAGCACCCAUUAUUGUUGAUGAGAAUGCUACUGGCAAGAAGGUUGCUUAUAUUCCGGAGAUUACGAAGGCAGCUGAGAACACGAGGAAGCAGCCUGUGAAAGGGGCUCUCGGCCCUUUGACUCAACUUUUCAGAUCUAAACCUCCCUUUCCUCAGAGGUUGGUAAAGAAGAAGGAAGAUGCUAAGUUCAAGAAGUUUUAUGAUCAGUUAAAGCAGUUGUCUCUUAAUUUCCCCUUUUUGGAAGCUGUCAAGGAGAUGUCCGGUUUUGCUAAAUAUUUAAAGGACUUGCCAACCAAGAAGAAAACGGUUCGACAUGAAACCGUAAGUUUGACUCACACUGUGAGUUCCAUCAUCUCAACUACUAUUGUUCAGAAGAAGGGAGAUCCUGGGGCGUUCACCAUUCCUUAUUCUGUGGGACACCAUGAUUUUGCUCGCGCAUUGUGUGAUAAUGGGGCGAGUCUAUCAAAAGACUGUUGGGUGGUUAAUGAUGUACUUGUGCGGGUUGGUGAUUUUAUGUUGCCCGCCGAUUUUGUGAUUCUUGACUGUGCUAUUGAUCGGGACAUCCCUAUUAUUUUGGGGAGACCUUUCCUUGCUACAGGGAGAGCUCUGAUAGAUUUAGAGAAAAACGAAAUCAAGUUCCGAGUCAACGAUGAAGAAGUGACUUUUUAG